AUGGAGGGUCAAGUACUUGCAAUGAUCUUUCUGCUCAUGAUCAUUCUGGUCGCUUCACCUUCACCAAGUUCAUGUGCUAGACGACUUACUGAUUUUCCCACUAGCACUUUCAGAAAUGAUGAUUUCAUAGGUUAUUAUGGUGAUCAAGUUGCCAGUGAAACAUCAAAUCCAUCGGAAAAGUAUUAUGGUGAUGCUGUUGCAGCUAGAUUCGACAAGUACUAUGAUGCUCGUCCGAAUCGCCAAUCUGAUGAUGAUUUACAAGCAUUUCCAAAAGAAUGGGGAUCACUUGCAACAAGCACAUUCAAUGUGAUGAAUUAUGGUGCUGUUGGGAACGGCCAAGCUGAUGAUAAACAAGCCUUUCUAAAAGCAUGGAGAGAUGUUUGUGGAUCUACUCAAGAGACCCCUACCCUUAUCAUACCAAAGGGCAACAUUUUCCUGGUCAGUUCUCUGGUGUUUCAAGGGCCUUGCAAGGCUGCAAGAGUAAAAUUCCAGCUCAAUGGGAACCUUGUUGCGCCAAAUAAUAUGAAUGCUUGGAGCAACAAGGAGAAAUGGGUUCAGUUCACUAAUGUUCAAGAUCUGAUAAUCAAUGGAGGAGGUCAAAUUGAUGGUCAAGGUCAGGUUUGGUGGAAAGUUUGCGACGAUACAGAUUGCCCACGACCAACUGCUCUCCAUAUUAACAAGUGUGAUGGUCUGCGGUUGAGUAAUAUCACACAUAUUGAUAGUGCCAGAAACCAUAUAAGCAUCAGCAGCUGCAAUGAUGUCGAAAUCUCCGAUAUCCUUAUUAAGGCUCCAGAAGAUAGUCCAAAUACUGACGGAAUAGACAUCUCUACAUCAACCAAUAUUAUCAUCAAACAGUCUUUUAUAGGCACUGGUGACGACUGUAUUGCAAUCAAUUCUGGUUCAUCUCAUAUCAACAUUACUAAUCUUUUGUGUGGUCCGGGUCAUGGUAUAAGUGUUGGAAGUCUUGGAGCGCAUGGUUCUUAUAGCACAGUGGAAGAUGUGCAAGUGAGAAAUUGCACCUUCAGGGGUACAACAAAUGGAGCAAGGAUCAAGACAUGGCAAGGCGGAUCAGGGUAUGCUAGGCACAUCAUUUUUGAGAAUAUAAUCAUUCAAGCAGCCAAGAAUCCUAUCAUUAUAGACCAGAAGUAUUCUGAUGCUUUUCUUACUGGAUUUGGAACUGUGCUUGCUCAAAGAAAUGCAGUGCAAGUGAGCGAUGUGAAGUUCCAUAACUUCCGGGGAUUUAUUGAUGGGGAUACGGCUAUUACUUUGAACUGUGACAGUCAGAUUGGAUGCAAGGAGAUUGUACUGGAUCAAAUCGACAUAACAUCGUCUGACCCUAGCAAGAAGGUUACUGCCUUCUGCCAGAAUGUCCAAGGAACUGAAGUAUCUGUGUCUCCUAAUCUGAAAUGCUUUUAG